AUGAAAAAAGACCCCAGCAAGAAAGGACAAGAUGGAGUGUAUGUUAUUUACCUUGACUCCUGGAAAGAAGUUUUCUGUGACAUGACGAUAGAUGGAGGAGGGUGGACGGUAAUUCAGAAACGAGAAGAUGGGAACCUCAGUUUUUACAGAACAUGGCAUGAGUACAAACAGGGAUUUGGUAAUGCCUCUAAAAACUUCUGGAUAGGGAAUGGCGCAAUCCAUGCUUUAACCAAAGAUCAGGACCAAGAACUGCGAGUAGAUCUCCAGAGAUUUAAUGGAGAGACAGCGUAUGCUAAAUAUUCAACGUUUUACAUCGGAAAUGAGACAGAGAAAUACACACUCACAGUAUCCGGGUACAAGGGAACUGCAGGUGACAGCUUGGCUCCACAUAAUGGUAUGAGAUUCAGCACAAAAGACCAAGAUAAUGAUCACUCUAGUAAUAGCUGUGCUAGAUCACAUUACGGAGCCUGGUGGUACAAUUCUUGUACCAACUCAAACCUGAACGGGAACUAUGCACAGUCUGCAGUGAAUAGUUCUAAAUCUCCAUACUGGUAUCGCUGGACAAGAGGAUAUAUAGCACUAAAAAAGACUGCUAUGAUGAUAAGACACAAACACGAAGUAUAA